GGCACCGGGAGCGGCACCGGAGCGGGAGCACCAUGAUGGCCAACGCGGCCACCAUGCGGAUCCUCAUCAAGGGGGGGAAGGUGGUGAACGACGACUGCACCCUCGAGGCCGACGUCUACAUCGAGAAUGGCAUCAUCCAGCAAGUGGGGCGCGAGCUGAUGAUCCCCGGCGGUGCCAAGGUCAUCGAUGCCACCGGCAAGCUCGUCAUCCCGGGCGGCAUCGACACCAGCACCCACUUCCACCAGACCUUCAUGAACGCCACCUGUGUCGAUGACUUCUACCACGGCACCAAGGCAGCGCUGGUGGGGGGCACGACGAUGAUCAUCGGCCACGUCCUGCCCGACAAGGAGACGUCGCUGCUGGACGCCUACGAGAAGUGCCGCAGCCUGGCCGACCCCAAGGUGUGCUGCGACUACGCCCUGCACAUGGGCAUCACCUGGUGGGCGCCCAAGGUGAAGGCAGAGAUGGAGACGCUGGUGCGGGAGAAGGGGGUGAACUCCUUCCAGAUGUUCAUGACCUACAAGGACCUGUACAUGCUGCGGGACAGCGAGCUCUACCAGGUCCUGCGCGCCUGCCGCGACAUCGGCGCCAUCGCCCGCGUCCACGCCGAGAACGGAGAGCUGGUGGCCGAGGGAGCCAAGGAAGCUCUGGAUCUGGGCAUUACGGGACCAGAGGGCAUCGAGAUCAGCCGGCCUGAAGAGCUGGAAGCUGAGGCCACGCACCGUGUCAUCACCAUCGCCAACCGGACCCACUGUCCUGUGUACCUGGUGAACGUCUCCAGCAUGUCCGCGGGGGAUGUCAUCGCCGCUGCCAAGAUGCAAGGGAAGGUGGUGUACGCGGAGACGACCACGGCGCACGCCACGCUCACCGGGCUGCACUACUACCACCAGGACUGGUUCCACGCCGCCGCCUACGUCACCGUGCCGCCGCUGCGCCUCGACACCAACACCUCCGCCUACCUCAUGAGCCUGCUCGCCAAUGACACGUUGAACAUCGUGGCCUCGGACCACCGGCCCUUCAGCACCAAGCAGAAGGCCAUGGGCAAGGAGGACUUCACCAAGAUCCCCCACGGUGUCAGCGGGGUGCAGGACCGCAUGAACAUCAUCUGGGAGCGCGGUGUGGUGGGGGGUAAGAUGGAUGAGAACCGCUUUGUGGCUGUGACCAGCUCCAACGCUGCCAAGAUCCACAACCUGUACCCCCGCAAGGGCCGGAUCAUCCCCGGGGCCGACGCCGACGUCGUAGUCUGGGACCCCGAGGCCACCAAGACCAUCUCUGCCAGCACCCAGGUGCAGGGCGGGGACAUCAACCUGUACGAGAACAUGCGGUGCCACGGGGUGCCCCUGGUCACCAUCAGCCGUGGGCGCGUGGUCUACGAGAACGGCGUCUUCAUGUGUGCCGAGGGCACCGGCAAGUUCUGCCCGCUGCGCUCCUUCCCGGACAUCGCCUACAAGAAGCUGGUGCAGCGGGAGAAGAGUUUGAAGCUGCGGGGUGUGGAUCGCACCCCGUACCUGGGGGACGUGGCCGUGGUUGUGCAUGCCGGUAAAAAAGAGACGGGGACGCCCCUGGCCGAUACGCCCACCCGGCCGGCCACACGACACGGGGGCAUGAGGGACCUGCACGAGUCCAGCUUCAGCCUCUCCGGUUCUCAGAUCGAUGACCACGUUCCAAAACGAGCCUCGGCCCGGAUUCUCGCUCCCCCCGGGGGCCGGUCGAGCGGCAUCUGGUAGAGCCGGGGACCUGUCCCCCAACUGAGGAGCAGG